GUCAAAUAUCACUAUCAGAGUUCACUGAGUUCACAUUAGAAAUAUACCUUUUAUAUUGAUUUAUUUUCAUUAUACGCAAAUAACAACAGAUUAACAACAAUCCACUUAAAACAGAGUGAAACGCCGACUCUAAUUAAUAAUGGCCAAAUUAGCGUUCUAAAUAUAGUUAAUCAUCAUCUAACAUUUACGCUAUACUUAUGCAAUGAAACUAUUAUUUUCAAAUUAUUUGCUGCAGCAAAUAGGUUUCCAUUUAAAAUGAAUUAAACGCCGAAGCGCAAUAUUUUUUUACACAAAAUGGGUGGACAAGUCAGCCAAGUCUUCCAAUCGGGUAGCGCCCUAUUAACCACCGGGCACGGCCAUAAAGUAUCAAAUUCAACGCGACAGAAGAUCCAGACGAUCUUCGACGCCCUUAGAGCAAAUCCACGAAUAGGGGUGCAAAGACUCGAAGGGCUUCUACAGCAAAUUCCAAGAAAUGAAAACAUACUCUCAAUACACGACGAAACUGGCUAUAAUCUGUUACAAAAGUGCGUGGGAGCCAAUAAUGUAGAGCUGGUUCGAUGGCUGUUGGCUAGACAGAGCGCUGCUGAUGUGAACAGGUCCCCUUGUAGUCUACCUCUACACAUAGCUUGCUUAAAAGGACACGAUGAAUGCGUGGAACUGCUGUUGAAACACGGUGCGAAGGCCGAUGUAGAAGCCAGAAUGUGCUGGCCUGGACCUCACAGCAGUAACUGCGAAGAAAGCGGGAAAUAUUCUUCGGUUAUUCCACAGGAAGAUAAUUGCAUGGAACGAGAGAAUAGAGAUCGAUUGCCCAGUCCCAAGCUGCAAUCGGCUGUUUUUUACGCUUUGGACGGGGAUCAAGUUAAUAUUUUGACAUUACUUUCGCAACGGAGCGAAAAUCCUUGGAAUGGAAUUUUUCGUACGAGAAAACCCCUUUUACACUCGGCUUGCGAAAGAGGCGCUUGGAAAUGCACAGAGUACCUCAUAAAGGAACGAUCAGAGGAAAUACGCAUUUUAAAAGACGAAUAUUAUCCAAUCCACUAUGCAGUUUUGCACGAUAGUAAAUUCUUGAAACUUCUCAUAGAUCAUGGAGCAGACACCACGGUUCGUACAUGCACCCAGCAAAUGACUUUACUGCACGUGGUGCUGUUGAUUGCACACAAAUCCGCUGAAGAUACAUUAGCAACUUUAAAAUUGUUAGUAGAUCACGGAUGUAAAGAGUUAAUCAAUACGCCGGAUAGUUUAGGGAACACCCCCUUACACGGGACUAUAGUGAGAUACGCUUUAGAAGAAGCGCAGUACGGUUACGACAAAUGGAAUAAAUGGGAAGUGCAGAAUGUCGUUCGUCAAUUGAUUAAAUUCGGUGCGAAAGAAUCGAUUAAUCAAGUCGGUAAUUCGGCAUUGGCCUGCGUUUUGAGGCAUGUACGAGAUUGGGAGGCCUGUUACGAACUGCUCAAAGCGCUACUCAUCGUAGGAGGUGAUCCGAACGUAGUAGGCAGAGAUGGAUCUGUACCAUUGAUGAUUUGUCUAGUAUCACUUAUAAACAAGGAUCCUAUACACCAUUUCACGCAUACCAUGAAAAUGUUUUACAUCAAUUGCAUCAAAAUCCUGCUGGAGCACGGGGCGAAUCCGAAUUGCAGCUUCAGGGCCAACUUGACGCCGUUGCACGUGCUGAUUUUCACCGUUUCCGAGAACAUAACGAUGAGCUGUAACAUCCAAAAGAACAUCAACUUCGAAUUUAUCAAAGACCUGCUGAUAUUGCUGUUGAACUACGGGCUGGAUCCGAACGUCAGCGUCAGCAGAAAAACCGAACACAUAUUGCAGUCUUGCAUGGAUAUGGUGCAAAUUAGAGACGGAAUGGGUAUUCACUGCGUGUACGAUUUAACUCUCACGCUUAUCCAAUACGGGGCCAAUCCUGACCUGAGCCUGAACAUGUCGGAGACCAUCAAGAAUCACCCGUUGCAUUCGCAGAGCGAAUGGAAGACGAAAAACUACAUUUUGUACUACUACGUCAUGUUGAUAUCCAGAAAGGAGAAACUCAUCACCGAUCCUCACCCCACUUUCGCCAAAAUCAUCUGGCUGUUCUACUUCGUUAUGCAACACAAGCCGCUUUUCGAAUGCCUCAAGAUUUUACACACCCAACAACUGAGCCUGGUGCCCGGCAAAACGACUGAGCCUCUAACCGCCAUCAUCAGGGAUCUGUAUAAGCGGCCGCGCAGCUUGAAGCAAAUAUGCCGCGUUAAGAUCCACAAUUGCUUGAGGCGCAGGCCGGGGCUUUACGUGAACAAGCUGAAUUUGCCGAAUUCGCUGAAGGACUAUCUGCUUAAUUUCCAAGCGUAGAGUACGAAUCCUGCGGAAAGAGGUCGGAAAUAUAAUGCAAUACGUUUGCGUGCAAUAUUAGAAUGGAUUAUGUGCGACCUGGAUCAUUUGUGCACGGGUGUUUUUGGACUGGCGCGUCGAAAUGUGGUAUUUCUUACGAUUUUUAUUCGCAAUU